UGAUCACAAUAUAAAACUUAUUUAUUGUGAACCAAUCUGUUAUAUUGUUAUAAUUGUUAAAAAUUCAUCUAUCCACAUUUCGUUUCGUAAUUCCAAUAUAAGUUUUUAGUUCAACCCCAUCUUUCAUGAAUCCAGAUUGAAAUCUUGGGGGAUUAGUACACCUGAACUUCAACUGGUUGUUGUGCAAAAUAUCUUUUAUUAAUAUGACAGAAGCACCACCUGCUAAGGCAAAACUGAAAAAGGAAGUUUAUAACUUUGGGUGUUGGACUUUAACUGCUUCUGAGAGCCACAUUCUAGAAUCUGAAGGACAUGACAGAGAAUGCUAUGAAAAGGAAUUAACUCUGCCACAGUUACCAGAAAUGGUAUUUGCUGACAAUAUUCUCAGACUGGAACAUAAUGAUGGCUUUGGAUUAGAAUUUAAUGCUUUGGAUGCUCUAAAAUGCGUCGAUGCUGAACACGAUCUGCUUCAAGUUGCUGCAUCCCAAGUUUGGAAGAAUGCCAGAUCUGAUUGUGAAUACAUCAAACAAGCCCUGAAACCUUUUGAUUGGACAUUCACUACGGAUUACAAAGGAUCACUUUUCUCAAAAGACAGUAAUUUAGCAAUUAGUGUGAUACCAACAUCGGAACGAAUUAAUCUGGAGAAACUAAAGCAACGUGAAAAGAUUUUGUUCUAUCAGGACAUCCUGUUAUUUGAAGAUGAACUUGCCGAUAAUGGUGCUUCUAAACUGAGUGUGAAAAUACGUGUGAUGCCAUCUGGUGUGUUUAUAUUGCUGCGAUUCUUCUUGCGUGUUGACAAUGUAUUGGUCCGGAUAAAUGACACUCGACUCUACCACGAGGCUGGAACCGAUUUUCUUCUUCGAGAAUACUCAAGCCGAGAUAAUGAAGUGUGUGAUAUCAAAGUGCCACCAUUCGUACUCAAUGACCCUAACGAGGUAUGCCACUACCUGACGAAGAGAACCGAAUUCUUUGAGAAACUCCAUUUACCAAUUAGUAGCAAUCAAAGUCAGCCGGAACCCAAAGUAGAAUCUACAAAUACUGAGGCAGUACUAAGGUGAUGACUAUUGCAAUUUGUAAAAGAACUGUUAAAGCGAGAGGUUUCUCUUGUCCAAGCAGGAAAUUUUAUACAUGUUGUGAAAUGAACAAUAAUUUAACAUUGAUUGACCUGAAGUUCCUAUCAGAAUUCUUCACUGAGCUGGGCAAAUGUAUAUAUGUUCAUACAUACAUACAUAUAUGGAUGAAUACACACACAUGCACACACACAUAUUUUUUUAUAUUUUAAUUUUUUAUUUAUGUGUGUUUGUAUAUAUGUGU